UCUGCAGUAUCUCUCUCAGUUAAUAAUUCUUUCCCCUUCUUCUCCCUCUCAGUAUCCUCCUCUUCCUCGCGCCUCCAGAAACCCUUUCCCUCCUCUUCCAUCCGCCAAAUCCCCCACAAACCCACUCCCAAAACCCGCCUCCUGACCCAGAGAGACCCUUCGCGCGAUCUCGAAUUCGAAGUUUCCCUCACUCGGAAGGUUGCAGUUCUACCCAUGGAUUCAGAUCAGGGGAAGCUUUUCAUUGGUGGGAUUUCAUGGGAGACGUCGGAGGACAAGCUCAAGGACCACUUCGGUCAAUACGGCGACGUCCUGCAGACCGCCGUCAUGCGAGACAAAACCACCGGCAGGCCGAGAGGUUUUGGGUUUGUCGUGUUCGCUGAACCUUCCGUUCUCGAUAGGGUUCUUCAGGAUCAGCACACCAUUGAUGGUAGAACGGUUGAGGCAAAAAGGGCAUUGUCAAGAGAGGAGCAGCAAACCAAUGUCAAAACUGGUAAUUCUAACUCUGCUAGAAGCACCGGUGGUGGUGGUGCAAGUGUUAGGACUAAAAAGAUUUUUGUCGGUGGAUUGCCUCCCUCAUUGACCGAAGACGGCUUCCGCCAAUAUUUCGAAUCUUAUGGCCAAGUUACUGAUGUAGUAAUCAUGUAUGACCAAAACACGCAGCGGCCCCGUGGGUUUGGAUUUAUUUCCUUUGAAUCUGAGGAUUCGGUGGAUCGAGUGUUGCACAAAACAUUUCAUGAUUUGAACGGGAAGCAAGUAGAAGUGAAGCGGGCUCUUCCUAAAGAUGCCAAUCCUGGUGGAGGCAGUCGCUCCUCUAUGGGCGGUAAUGGUGGUGGUUAUCAAAGCUAUGGCGCUUCUGGUGGGAGUGCAGUAGGCUCAUAUGAUGGUAGAAUGGAUUCAAUGAGGUAUAUGCAGCCACAGGCAGCUGGAGGCGGAUUUCCUCCUUAUGGAUCAUCUGGCUACAGUGGACCUGGAUAUGGUUACAGUGCUGCUGCAAGCAAUGGAGUUGGAUAUGGUGGCUAUGGAGCUUAUGGUGGUGCUAUUGCAGGGUAUGGAGCUCCUGCAGGCGCACCUUAUGGAAACCCCAAUGUACCAAAUGCUGGUUAUGGUAGUGGUCCACCUGGUGCUCCUCGAAGUUCUUGGAAUAGUCAAGCUACCCCUGGUUAUGGUGCAAUGGGCUAUGGAGGUGCUGCUGCUAGUGGUGGCCCAGGGUCGACUCCAACAGGCCAAACACCUACUGGACCGGGCGGGUAUAAUCAAGCAUAUGGAUAUGGUAGCUAUGGGGCAAAUGAUGGGUCUUAUGGGAAUCCAGCUGGUUAUGGUGCUGUUGGAGGAAGGUCAGGUGGUACACCAAAUAGUACUCCUGGAGAACUACAGGGUAAUGGUGGAGGCGGCUAUGGGGGCGGUGGUUAUGGUGAUGCAAAUGGGAGUGCAGUAUAUGGUAAUGCAGCAUGGAGUUCCGAGUCCUCACAAGGUUCUGGGAAUUAUGGAUCACAAGCUAAUGGUGGUGCUCAUAGUAGUCAGCUUGCUUAUGGUGGUGGUGGAUAUGGAAGUGCUCAGGCUCGACAAGCUCAGCAACAUUAAAUUUCGUGGACCGAUCUCCAACAUCUAAUGCUGUGUGUGUUCCUGAUGGGAUGAUGCUGGCUCAAAGUUGGGUAGAUAUUCACUCUGGGGGCGCCGGUUGGAUUGCUCAAUUCCCAGUAGUUUGCACUACCUAUUUUGCUAGCAGUACAUCUAAUAAGUAGUUUUGUUAUGACAUUUUCGGAUGCCCUUAAUAUUUUGUUUACUGAGUGUAGCUUUAAUUUGGCUUUCUUAUAUCAUUUGUCUGCUAUAUUUGCUGUGGAUUUUUCACCAUCAACCGUAGUGUUUGAUUUAGUGUGCAUGCAACCCGUCUUCCUCUGGUACAUCAUUAACUCACUAUCAUUUUUGUGACUUCUAACUAGCAGUUGCCAUGAAACCUUUGCAAAACUCAAGGUUAGAUAGGCUUGAUGUAAAUUGAGAUAAGGGGAUAUAGAGAUGAGUAGAAGUCCAUCCUUUGAUUCUGUGAUAGCAGUGAAGCAAAUAGAUAGUUGGGUAGAGAUAAUGAUAGCUAGCGGUAGUUCUCACUUUGAGGAUGGCAUAAUCAUUUUCUCCCCCGCUCUAUUUGUUGCACUUUGUGUUUGUACAGGAGGAGAUGCUCGAGUUCAAAAGGUGUGAGUUAGUUGGAGAUCCCCCCUAGCAACAGAGUGAAUGGAAUUUGAGAGGACUUGAUUGGUUGGGUUUGUGAACUCAAUUCCUUGAUGCAGAUUCCUGGCAUCUCUGUUGGGCUGAUGGAUAUUUGUGAGGCAGACAGAAAGAUUGUGGUACGUUGGCUUACAUAUAGCAGUGCUUUUGUCUGAAGCUCUUGCAGUCAUUCUUUAGGCUAUACAUUCAUUAGUGAGGUAAUUGUUCUGAGAGGUACUAGAAGUAGUUGGUUGCUAAUUUACUAUUCGAAGAUUUGGAUUGAAAUCAGUGAAAGCUUUUUGAUGGUUCUGGGAAGUUUUUAUUCUUGACUCACCGAAUAGUAGGUCGAAUGCUAGUAUAGAUAGUCUUACUGGUCUUUUAUCGGUUGUGAUUUGCUGACCCUGAGGGGCAAUCUAUCUAACCAAUCGUCUUCCUAGCAACAUUUAUUGGCAAUGGGCGUCUUUGUGGUCCUGGUCGAUUCUGUUUUCGUCUGAAUGUUUGUGUUUUGGGUAUAAGAUGUAUGCAGUAUUAGU